AUGGCAGCUCGUUUGUUGUCGUACGAGGUAGCUGACCUCUGUCUUGGGAAGCCGCCGGUUCCGUCCCUCUCCAUCUCCGCCACAAUCGGCGACGCCGUGGCCACUCUCAAGGGUUCUGAGGAUAAUUUCAUCAGUGUAUGGAGCUGUGAUCACUCAAAGAGCAAUUUAAACAGUAAUGACUGUUUUUGUAUUUCCAAAAUCUGUAUGGUUGAUAUAAUUUGUUACCUUUGUAAAGAAGAGAAUUUGUUAUCUCUAUCUAUGGUUCUUCAAUCUCCUGUUUCUGUUUUGCUGUCAAAAGUUAAGGGACUGGUUAGGCACGUGGAACCCUCUUCUAGUUUACUUGAAGUGAUUGAUCUGAUGCUCCAAGGUACUCAAAAUCUCGUUGUACCCAUAAGGAGCAAUUCAAAAAGAAAACAACUACAAAAAUCUUCAUCAACAAUUCACAACGGCUGUGAAUUCUGUUGGCUAACACAAGAAGAUGUGAUUAGAUUCCUUCUCUGUUCAAUUGGUCUAUUCUCUCCAAUUCCGACGAUUUCGAUAGACACUCUUGGCAUAAUAAGCACUGAUUUCUUGGCCAUUGGUUACCAUUCCCCGGCAGCUUCGGCCGUGGGGGCCAUUUCUCGCUCUCUCGUGGAUCAAACUUCAGUGGCAGUGGUUGAUGACGAUGGGAUUUUGAUUGGUGAGAUCUCUCCAUCCACCCUAGCCACCUGUGGCGUGGCGGUGACGUCCGCCAUAGCUACCCUCUCGGCAGGAGACCUCAUCGCCUACAUUGACUGUGGAGGUCCCCCCGUGGAAAUCUCGAGGGAUGUUGAGGCAAGAUUGAAGAAGAGAAAUUUAGAGAAAAUGUUGGACAAAUUCAUGACCAUUACUUGUGAGCCUCAUAUACCUUCAUCAGACGAUGACUUGCCAUCCCCAAGGACAACAAUGAGGCCGAAGUCAGGGCGAUAUAGCAGAUCGAGCAGCUACUCGGCACGAAUGGUGAGAAGGGCAGAGGCAAUAGUGUGCCAUCCGGGAAGUUCUUUGGUGGCAGUGAUGGUACAGGCCAUUUCACAUCGAGUUAAUUAUGUUUGGGUUAUUGAAGAUGACUGCAGUGUAGUUGGAAUUGUCACAUUUUUUAACAUGUUAGAAAUUUUUCGAGAAAAUUUAGAAUCUGUCAUCUGA